UUUUUUAAGCCCGGCUGAAUUCACUAGUAAAUUUUGAAUGUGAAGAACAGGAAGUGAGUCCACUGAGGGAGGCAGAGGUGGCCUUAUCGAAAGUAAAAGAAAACUUCUUCCUGGAGGAGUUUCCAUCCACACUCUCCUCAUCCCCACCCUCUUCCAAGGGAUUUUUCUCGGGCUGGGUGGACAGGCCUUAGGAGUCUGUGACGUUAGGCCGUUCGGGGGUCUUGGCAUCGGGUGCUCUGUGGAUGUCGCUGGGACAGGGGGACCAGCAUUAAAUGGGGUUCGUACUACCUCAUGAGGUGGUACUGUGGAUUUAAGGAGAUAAUACAUGGUAACUGCUUGAGGCUGUGCCUGGUGCUACUAAGUUCUCAGAGAAAACAGGCCUGUGAAGAAGCUGCUGCCUCUGUACUGUGAGGGUCCCAGGACUGGCUUCUUUGGCUACCACAACCCUCUCCUGACACUUGGACAACAUGAAUUUCAGUAAAUGCCUCUAUAAUAUUGGAGAACAGUUGGACAGUGAUGAGCUGGCUUCCCUCAAAUUCCUGAGCAUGGACUACAUCCCCCAGAAGAAGCAGGAGCCCAUCAAGGAUCCUCUGAUGUUAUUCCAGAGACUCCAGGAAAAGAGACUGUUGGAGGAAAACAACCUGUCCUUCUUGAAGGAGCUCCUUUUCCGAAUCAACAGACUGGACCUGCUGGUCACCUACCUGGACACCAGCAAGCAGGAGAUGGAGCAAGAGCUUCAGAUCCCGGGCAGAGCCCAGAUCUCUGCUUACAGGGUCAUGCUUUUUCAGAUUUCAGAAGAUGUAAGCAAACUGGAAUUGAAGUCCUUUAAGUUUUUUUUGAGCCAGGAGAUCCCUAGAUGUAAACAGAACGAUGAUUCGAACUUGUUUGAUAUUUUCAUAGAGAUGGAGAAGAGGGUCAUCCUCGGGGAAAGAAAUUUGGACACCCUGAAAAGAAUCUGUGACCAAAUAAACAGGAGCCUGCUGAAGAAAAUCACGGAUUACGAAGAAUUAAGCCAAGAGCAAACAAUGAUCCCGCAAAGAAGUCUAGAUGAAAUUUCAAAUGAUAUGUCUCAGUUGCUUGUAGGGGAGAAAUCCCUGAGGGUGCCGCCAAUGUCAGACUCUCCAAGAGAACAGAACUGUGGAUCAGAGACAUCGGACAAAGUUUACCAAAUGGAAAGCAAACCUCGAGGAUAUUGUUUGAUCUUUAACAAUUAUGACUUUAGCAUAGCACGGAAGGAAGUGCCCAAACUUCACAGCAUUAAGGAUAGGAAUGGAACAGACUUGGAUGCAGAUGCUUUGCAUCAGACCUUUAGUGAGCUUCAUUUUGAGAUCGUGCCUUUCAGAGACUCUACAGCUAAGGAAAUCUGUGACGUUCUCAAAUCCUACCAAAGCAUGGACCACACUACCAGGGACUGCUUCAUCUGCUGCAUCCUCUCCCAUGGAGACAAGGGCAUCAUCUACGGCUGUGAUGGACAGGGAGUCCCCAUCUGUGAGCUCACCUCUUACUUCACUGGUUCUAAGUGCCCUUCCCUUGCAGGGAAGCCCAAGAUCUUUUUUAUUCAGGCUUGUCAAGGGGAUAACUACCAGAAGGGGAUCGCUGUUGAGACCGACUCUGAACAGAAUGAAGCGUGUUACGAAUCAGACUCCUGUCAGAAGAGAUAUAUCCCAGACGAUGCUGACUUUCUGCUGGGGAUGGCCACUGUGAAUAAUUGUGUUUCCUACCGAAACCCCAUGGAGGGAACGUGGUAUAUCCAGACACUUUGCCAGAGCCUGAGAGAAAGAUGUCCUAGGGGAGAAGAUAUUCUCACCAUCCUUACUGAAGUGAACUUUGAAGUGAGCAAUAAGGAUGACAGGAGAAACAUGGGCAAACAGAUGCCACAACCGACCUUCACGCUGCGGAAAAAACUCAUUUUCCCUUGUGACUGAUGCUUUAACUGCAUAACACUAUGCUUAAUUUAAUUUUGAUAAAAGUGCUGCUACUGCUUUUCUUUUUUUUCCUUUCUUUUGGAUGGCGGGAAGGGGCGAGAAUGGGAUUCAGUACAACCUAAUUCUCAUUCAAGUUUAAGCCCAACUCUCGGGCUUUGCAGUAAUAGCUAGAGAUUUAUCGUCGUAGGUAUGAUUUUACUUUUAUUUUUGAUUUGAUGAAAAAGUUUUUAGAAAGCCUAGAGUAGAGAAGAAAAUAUAGAAAGUUUAAAAGAAAUGGAACAUCGUAACUUGAGGUUCAAAAACCGUGGCAGAAUGAACGGUCUUUGCACAUGGCUCAUCUGCUUUCAGCCUGGAAUCAUCUGAUUCCCUGCAGUGAAGCAUUUAAAAAAAGAAGUUAACGAUGUCAUUCCAAAGGUUCAGUCUGGAGCACAGAGUUAAGGGCAGUGCGGAGCUCUUCGAAGGCGUAAGAAGAUGGGGACCGGGGAAAGCAGUUUCUCACUCCAGGCCUCAGAGUAAGUGAAUGUUGUUCAAGUCCUGGGAAACACAGUCGAGAAAACCAUAAUCCUCCUUUCUGUGAAAGAGCUGCUGAUUCCUCAUUCCCGGUUCUUGUGAGAAUUUGUUAGAUUUACAUUCCUGCUAACUGGAUAUGCUUCUACAGAGUAGAAUGUGAGGUACAGUUGUUAAAAGGUACUGUUGGGACUUUUUAUUUUCUUAAGGAACUCUAAUCCGCCCCACCCCCCCCACCCCCCAUUCCACGACCUGGGGCUCGAACACACAACACCAAGGGCAAGAGUCACACGCUCUACCAUCUGAGUCAGCCCCGCACCCCUGAAAGUUCUUGUUACAAGGAAACAGCAGCCCACGAGCAGUCACUUGGGCUAACCCCCACGUCAGCAAACCCAGACUGAACAGCUAACCGAGACGCAGUUACGGUUCCCCGGGAAUGUAAUCUUCGGGCGGCCAGCGUGGAAUUACCGGGGUCACCAGGGCUGACCGGCAGGAUCAACUCCUCCCAUCCCCCUCAGGAAAGUGACCUAAUGCAGUGUGAUCCGAUUUGAUCCUUACCUUUCCUCAGCUGGAUUUCUGUUGUCGGACAGCAUAUGCUGAGGGCUGCCAGUGACCCCUCUCAGAGGUCACUGAGGGAGAUUUUGGGGAUCCGACUUAGCUAAAAAACCCCUCGCGUGUAAUGCUCCCACAUCCAACCUGAUCUGUUCUGACGCGUGGACGGGCAGUCCCAGAAACCCCAGAGCUGCGCCCCCUUGAGCUACGGGGAGACCCUGCUUCAGGGACAAAAGACACUGUAACUCUGGUUAGAUUUGGAUUUCACAAAAUCUAGGAGUUAUUUUCCUUGUUCUUAUUAUUUGUAAGUAACUUUAAUCCGUAUUUGAAAGGAAUGACGUUGACAGCAUGUGGACUUUUCGUCCGGCCAGUCCGCCCUUUCCAGGCCAUCCUCUACACUACUGUACAGUUUGUAAAAAUAUUAUAAUGUGAAUUACUUUAACUCCUUUUCUCUUAUCGCUUCUAAGAUCUCUAUAUCCAUCUAUACCUCAUUUGGUUUUGGUUUUUUUUUGCAAAUGGUACUUUCCCCAUUCAUGCAUAAUUUCCUUGCUUUCUUUUUUU